AUGAUUGAUCUAUUCUCAAGUCCAUCACCUAUUCCCUAAUAGUCUAUUACAAAGGAUGAAAAUCUCUAAUGUAAAUGGAUGUAAUAACGUUUCUUAUUUACCCAAAGCCAUUGUAAAAAAAUUGACUUUGAUAACAGUCAUACUACGAAAUCCAUUUUUCCUAUCUCUUCAUAAGAAGAAAUAAGGAUUCCAAGUGCAAAAAUUGAAAGUAAAGAGUUUUCAGAUCCAUUACUUUUAAGCUCAUAUACUUAAUCACACAUUGACAAAAACCAAUUAUCUCUUGCGUGUGGGUCGUAAAAGAGUUAAGUCACAUUAAACCUAUUAAUUGCAGGGCAGUCCGGAAGUGGAAAAACCACUUUCGUUGAUGCUUUACUAAAUAAAAAACCUAUAGCGAGACAAUAUCAGGGAAACUCUUCCUAAACUAAUUAAGUCCAAGAAUCUAUGGGAGUGAUUGAAUACGAAAACCAAAUUGUUUAUUUAAAUAUCUUCGACACAAAAGGUUUUUAAAAAAAUGACUAAAAAGAAUGGUUUAAGGAACUCAGACAUUUUAUCGAUUAGAAGUUUAAAACCUAAAUUCGAAGGAACAAGUAUGCCUACCUAAAUAAAACCCUCUAUUCUCAGAUGUCUAAGCUAGUAAAUGACGAACGAAUUCACUUAUGUCUUUACUUUCUCAGUGGACCUGCAUACUUUAAUGAGGAUAUUCUAUAUUUACAAAAGUUAUCCAACUUAGUAAAUGUUAUUCCAAUCCUGGCCAGAGGAGAUUAAUAUACAAAAUCAGAAGUUCUUGAAUUAAAACUAAGAUACAAUAAGACCUUUAAAGAAUUCAAAAUUGAUAUCUAUGAUUGUCUCAAAAUUAAUGAUGAAUAAUUUAAACAAUAACUCAAGCAAGGAGAAUUUGGAUAGUGUUCUCCCUUCAUGAUUAUUGCUUCUACUUAUGAAUAUUACAAUGAUUAAGGCAAGAAGAUUUAAGGCAGACAGUAUCCUUGGGGAUAGUGCGAUCUAUGGAACCCUUAGCAUUCAGAUUUCUUGCUGCUCUACAAAUCAUUGAUAGGAUAUUACAUAUAUGAUUUAAUUAAGCUUACUGAUUUCUAUCAGCAUAGCUUCAUUAAAAGAAAACAAGAAACUCAGAAGAAGAACAAAAGCAGAAUGGGCUUUUUGAAUUAAAUAUUGGUUCAGAUCAAUUAAAUAUUAUAUUUAAUUGAUUGA